AUGGCCGCCACACUUUCUGCGGCGCCGGUCCUCUCGACGCCGGCUGAGCACAUGUUCGAAGACCCAACCCCCGACACGACGUCUCCCGAGACCGAGCCUAUCCAUGCUCGAACAGACGAGGAGCUGCUGUCCCUCUACGAGAUCCGCCGCACUGCGCGGGAGAUCAAGCAAGGGGGAUGGAAGCGCAUUGCCCUCCAGUUUGCCGACCACAUGCUUCGCGACGCUGGCUGGGUCGUGGAAGCCCUGCACAAGGCCAUAGCAGAAGAGAUUGCGCCCGCAAAAGAGGCCGAACAGGAAGCACCCGCGGCGUCUGGGGCAGCGACAGAGACGGACCUCACUACGACGACCUCGGCUCAGACUUCGCAAACGGAGCGCAUCUACAUCCUUGCCGACACCUCCUAUAGCGCCUGCUGCGUCGACGAGAUUGCUGCCGAACACGCCGACGCCCAAGUCGUUGUGCACUACGGCCGCUCGUGUCUCUCCCCGACUUCCCGCCUGCCUGUGAUUUACGUCUUCACCCACCACGCCCUCGACCACGACGCAGUUGCCUCCCAAUUUGAGGCCACGUUCCCCGACAAGGCGGCCAAGGUCAUACUCAUGGCCGACAUUACAUACCAAGACCACGUCCUCGACGUAGCCAACUUGCUGCGUACCCGUGGCUACACCAACCUCGUCCACACCACUGUGGUCCACGACCCAGCCGGCACGAUCCCCAACAGACCACUCUCCUCCGUUCGAACCGAAUUGGACCUACCCUCACACGCCCUCUUCCACAUAUCGACGCCGCCCCCGGCGCUCCUCCUGGCCCUCCAGACCCGUCUCGCAUCCCUCCACGUCCUCUCCACGGCGACGGCAACACCAACAACCGACGACCCGACCGUCCACACAGCGGCCCUCCUGCGCCGGCGGUUCGCCCGCGUGCUGACCCUCGCCAGCGCCAGCAUCGUCGGCAUCCUCGUCAACACGCUGUCCCUCGACGGCUCGCUGCGUUCGCUCGACCUGCUGCGCGCGCGCAUCGCCGCCGCCGGCAAGAAGAGCUACACGAUUGUCGUCGGCAAGCUGAACCCGGCCAAGCUGGCCAACUUUGCCGAGGUCGACGGCUGGGUCGUCGUCGGGUGCUGGGAGAGCGGGCUCGUCGAGGAAGACGCGGGCUUCUACCGGCCCGUCAUCACGCCGUUUGAGAUGGAAGUCGCGCUGCUGCCGCCCGAGGAGAGGAUCUGGGGGCUGGAGUGGUGGGCGGGCAUCGAGAAGCUCAAGCCCGAGGAGGAGGUCAGGGCCCCGGCGAGCGGAGACGAGGCAAUUGCUGCGGAGGACGACACGGAAGAGGUCGAGGGUGGGGUUGAGGGCGAGGAAUCGGCGCCGCCCGAGUAUGACCUCCGCACGGGCCGUCUGGUCGCGAGCCGCCCGAUGAAGGUGGCGGUCGGCGGCCACCUCAAGCCGCGGGCCGACGGUCCUGCCGAGACGGACGCGGCGGGCGCCACGUUGGAUCGGCCGUCCGAGGCGCUCGUCAAGCGGCAGGCGGGCGAUCUGGCGACGAUCAACGGCGUGCUCAGCCCCGGCGCGGAAUUCCUGCGGUCGCAGCGCACGUGGCAGGGUCUCGGGACGGACCACGACCCGGCGGAGGAGAGCACGGCGAUUGAGGAGGGGCGCAGCGGUGUGGCGCGGGGUUACACGGUUGGCGACGACGCAUCGCGGGCGUGA